GUGAGUCACUCGUGUCGGAAACUUUGAUGUUUUUGUCCUCGCGUAUGUCGUGGUGCGCAUGAUGGCCGCCAUUAUUCCCAGCUAACAGCCACAUGAUGAGGGUUUUUGACUUUUUCCCAACCUUUAAAAUGAUCCGUACUCAUUUCUUGAAUCAAAGUAUACUUGAACAUUAUUAAGUAUUGACGUCAUGUAAUUUUAAUGGCUUAAACAAAUGAGAAAUCCUAAUCAUCUGGCUAGAAUAAUGGUCGACUUGAGGACACGUUGUACACCUGAGUGAUUCUUCUGUAUAAUCAUUAAACUGUGCUUAUAUUAUAUCAUGUCAUUCAAUCUUAUAAUGCCAUCUCAAUGUGGUUCUGUAAGCGUUGUCAAUGUCAUCAGUGUAACUGAAACUCUGUAAUCUGUGUGCAGUUUACGUGGAAAUUAUCUUGUCUGCAUUCGACAAUGAAUUUGGUUCGUUCAUUCAAAUUGAACACAGGAGCAUUAAUGCCUGCUAUUGGUUUAGGAACAUGGAAGUCUAAACCUGGUGAAGUUGAUGCUUCAGUCAAGGCUGCUGCUAGGGCAGGUUACAAACACAUCGAUUGUGCUCAUAUUUACAAGAAUGAAGGAGAGGUUGGUAAGGCACUUAAGGAUGUGAUGCAAGAAAUGGGAAUAAAACGAGAAGACAUGUUUGUUACCUCAAAGUUAUGGUGUAAUAGUCAUGAUGAUGUACUGGCGGCUUGUCAAACCACUUUAAAAAAUUUACAGCUUGAUUACUUAGAUCUUUAUUUGGUGCAUAAUCCAUGUACUUUUCCCAAAGAUUUGGCUUUCCCUAUCCCACCGGCACAGCUGAAAAAAGUCAUUGGUUAUGAUAAAGAACAAAUGAGUGAAACAUGGAAGGGUAUGGAAAGUUUGGUUGAAAAAGGUCUGUGUAAGGCUAUUGGCAUCUCUAAUUUUUCCACCACAAAAGUGAAGGCUCUUCUUGAAACUGCAAAGAUCGUUCCAGCCACAAACCAAGUUGAACUUCAUCCUUACUUAUCACAACCUGAGUUGAAGAAGUUUUGUGAAGAAAAAGGCAUUAUUAUCACAGCUUACUCAUCCCUGGGUUCUGCUGAUCGACCAAUAUUUGAUAAAGAUGAUCCAAUUCUUAUGCAAGACACAUUGAUAAAACAAAUUGCAGAAAAGCGUAACUGUUCCCCAGCCCAGGUGUUACUUGCCUGGGGUGUUCUUUAUGGAUGCCCUGUUCUACCUAAGUCAGUGAAGGAAGAGAGGAUAAAGCAAAAUUUGGAUACAUAUAAUGUUAAGCUGGAGGAAGAAGACAUGAAAGCCUUGGCCAAUAUUGGGAAAAGAUUUCGUUAUCUGAAAAUGGAAUCAUAUUAUGGUGCUGGUGGCUCAGCUGAACAGUACUGGGAUGGUGAACAAUAACCAAUAAUGAAUUCAUUGCUUUUAAUAAUUAACAGUUACCUAACUUGAAUUGUACUGAAGGAAUAUAUUUCAAUCGCAAAUGUUA